CAGGAGGCAGCAUCAGAUUAUAUAAGACAAGUUAACAAACAAGAUCAUUGAACAUUUUAUGAUCUUCUCUCUUUAGAUUUGUAAAGCCAGCAGUUGGUCUCCAGUCAGUCCCUGAAGUUUCCAACAGAGAGACAUUAUGGAGGGUUCAUCCUCCACUCCAUCAGAUCCACAUGUGCAUCCUCUGAAGCGUAGCAGCAGCUUUCAAUUCCUGCCUCCCAACAUGUCUGAGCUGAGGGUUGUUCUGCUGGGGAACAGCUGGUCUGAGAGGAGUUCAGUGGGGAACUUCAUACUGGGAGAGACUAAGUUCAACACUGAGGAAGAACCAGACUCCUUCCUGAGAGAAAGAGUGCAGUUGAAGGGGAAAGAAGUCAUUGUCAUCAACACUCCAGACCUGCUGCAUCCCCAGACCAUCCGACGGAGCAGACAGUCAGAAUUAAUCUCUGGUCCUGGACCUCAUGUGUUCCUGCUGGUUCUACAGCCUGAAGACUUCACUGAGGAACACAAACUGAAGCUCUGCAGAUUCCUUCAGCUCUUCAAUGGUCGAUCAUUUCAUCAUUCUCUGGUUCUGAUAUCAACACCCAGAGAGGAGAGUCCAGGUUUCAUGGAGAAAUACCUGGAACAUCCCCCCUUAAAAGACAUGAUCAAAGAGUGUCAGUACAGGUUUUUGUGUCAGAAGAAUCUUGAACUUCCAGAACUGUUAACACGCUUGGGUCAAAUUGUAAAAGAGAACAAUGGAGAGCAUCUGAGCAACAUCGAUGAACUACUGGAGUCUACCAGUGAUGAAGAACGGAGUCCAGAGUGUCUCAGGAUUGUGCUGAUAGGGAAGACUGGCUGUGGAAAGAGCUCUUCAGGAAACACCAUUCUAGGAAGAAAAGGGUUUAAAGCCAAAUCAAGCCAAACAUCAGUCACUAAACACUGUCAGAAAGAACAGAGUGAAGUUGAUGGUCGUCAGGUGGUUGUGGUCGACACUCCUGGUCUGUUUGACUAUAGUUUGUCUCAUGAAGAAGUUCAUGAGGAGAUGGUGAAAUACAUCAGUCUUCUGGCUCCAGGACCACAUGUCUUUCUGUUGGUGGUACAAAUUGGCAGAUUUACACCAGAGGAGAAGGAGACAUUAAAACUUAUCAAGGAAGGAUUUGGGAAGAAUUCUGAGAAGUUUACCAUCAUUCUUUUAACUGGAGGAGAUUCACUGGAAGAUGAGGAGCUGUCGAUCGAUGAGUACAUUGAAAAAGAGUGUGAUGAUUCCUUUAAGAAGCUGAUCUCUGACUGUGGAGGAAGAUACCAUGUGUUUAAUAACCGAGAUAAACACAACCGCACACAGGUCAGUGAGCUGAUAACCAAGAUUGACACCAUGGUGAAGGAAAAUGGAGGCAGCUGCUACACUAAUGAGCUGCUGCAAGAGGCUGAAGCUUCAAUAAAGAAAGAAAUGGAGAGAAUCCUGAAGGAGAAGGAAGAAGAGAUGAAGAGAGAGAGGGAGGAGCUUCAAAGAAAACAUGAGGAAGAAAUGGAAGAAAUCAAAAGACGAAUGGAAGAACAGAGAUCAGAAACUGAAAAAGAGAGAAAACUGAAAGAAAAACAACUUGAAGAAAAGGAGGAAAACAUCAGAAAGGAACGUGAGGAGAGAAAGAAAGAACAGGAAAUGAGAGAAGAAGAAGAUAGGAAGAGAAAACAACAGGAAGAAAUUCAACGACAGGAGUGGAAACAGAAAGUUGAAGCUUUGGAGGAAAAAAUUAAAUCAGAGUCAGAAUCAAAGAAAACCAUUGAUAGAAAGCUGGAGGAGAGCAGAGAAGAGCUGAGAAAAGAACGAGAGAACUGGGAGAAACAACAAAAAGAAUGGUGGGAAAAACGAAAUCAAGAAAAUGAACAGAUACGACAGGAGGCACAAAGAAGAAUGAAAAAGCUUCAAGAUGAAUACGAACAGGAAAUAGAAAAUGAUAGAAAGAAAAGAAAAGAGGAGGAUCGAAUCAGAAGAGAACAAGAGGAAAAAGAGAAAAAAGAGAUUGAGGAGAACUAUAAGAAAAAGCUGGAGAAUCUGAAGAAGACAUAUGAAGAAGAAGCCAUAAAGAAAGCUGAAGAGUUUAAAGACAAACAGAGAAGAGAGAAACUCAUGAAGCCAAAGCAGGAGGAAUAUGACAGAUUACUGGAUCUCUCAACCUCCAAAGACCAUAUUCUGAAUCUCGUUCUGGAUGAACUGCAGAACAAACAGAAGGAAGAAAUGGCCGACUUGAUUCUCCUACUUGUGACUCAAAAAAGAAAGCAUGACAAAAGAAUGAAUGAUUUAGAGGAAACACACAAAGAGGAGCUGGAUAAACUUAAAAAAGAUCUUUCAGCCCAAAAUAAAAGAAAAGAGAAGGAACAAAUGGAUAAAUUAAAGAAAGAACAGGACCAAGAAAUUAAAGAUUUGGAGAAGGAAAUUCUGACCCAAAACCAAGAAGAUCAGAGCGUAAAAAGAGCCGAACUGUCUAAAAGAAACAAACAAAACAAGAAUGAGAUGAAACAAAAACUUCAAACCCAGCACAAAAGUCGAAAUGAACGAAUUUAUCAUUUACUGGAACAACACGAAGAAAACAUGAACAAAUUAAAACGGAAAGUUUUUGAAGAAAUGGAUGAAUUACAGAAAAAACAUGACGUAGAGAUGACUGAGUUAAAACAGCUACUGACAACAAAAGACAGCAACAGUCUGAAGGAAGAAAUAAAACUGUCCAAAAAACACAAAAAGAAAUGAAUGACCUGAAAGACAGACUUUUAUCUCCAGAGGACACUGAGGCCAUUUGGUCUUUGUCUCCAUUUUGUUCAGUUUCAUGAGAUAUCGCUGAUCUCAGUGUCCCAACAGCAGCCCGGUUUGUUCUGCAGUCCCGUUUGUAAAGACCCAGUUUUCUUAUCUUUAUUUAUUUAUAUUUACAAAAAGUACUACUUUUUGUGUGAUUUUUGUGUGAUUUGUAUAUUUUUGUGUGAUUGUAUAUUUUAUGCACCACUGCACCAAGACGAAUUCCUCAUAUGUGUAAAGACCUACCUACCAAUAAAUCUGAUUCUGAUUCUGAUUCUGAUUAUCUCACUCAACAAACAGUUCUGUGUUACUGUCUGACCACAGACCUGUUACUGUUAGUUACAGACGCUGUGUAUGUACUGACUGAGAUGUUGAGAUGUUCAUUGUAUUGUACAUACGUUUUUUUUUUUAUACCCACUGACUGAUGAUUAAAGAUUUUGGAUUGAA